AUGUCGCUAUAUCUUGGGCGCAUACUCCCAAGAACACAUCGAUUAAAAUACCGCUCUCCGUGCCAGUUACGGCAGCUUCCUGGAGCGCAGUUCUCACGGAGCUUUUUUCAGCAGCCGCGGGUGCUGCCCGUUCGGAAUGCAAACGGCCUAAUCAACGAACCACAGCGACGCCUCCUAUCCUCGGGUCCUUCAUUAAGUGCGAAAUCAUCGGAGCUUACUGAACGCGUCCUACCAGUCUGUUGUCCAGGAUGUGGUGCAUACGCGCAAACCAUCGAGCCCGGCGAACCAGGAUACUACAGCAAAACCAGGAAGCAAACACGAAAGCUCUUGUCGGAGACAGAACGAGCAACUGGCGUGCAGGAUGGAGAGACCGGGGAGGUAGCGGAUCUUAAAACAGAAGGAGAAAAGGCAGCAGGCACAAUUCAGCAACUGAUCAAGGAGUCGGAGGAAGAAGCGGCCGCUCCUAAACCUAUCCAUGGCGCUUUACUUGAGAAUGCUGCAGCCACUGCUAAAGAGUACAUUGAAAAGUCUCGACCCCCUGUGCAGGUUUGCGAUAGAUGCCACGAUCUCGUACACCAUAACAAAGCGGUUCCUGCAAUCUCACCUACGAUAUACUCCAUUGGGGCAUACCUUGACGAGUCACCAUACAAAUACAACAGAAUCUACCACGUAAUUGACGCAGCAGAUUUCCCUAUGUCUCUUGUCGACAAUAUAUACGAGGCACUUUCCAUCGAAGAACAGCGGUCGCGCAACCGGCGAGCUUCGACUGAGAAAUACCGAGGAGGAAAGAAAUUACCUACUAUCAGCUUCAUCAUAACACGCUCUGAUCUCUUAGCUCCUACCAAGGAACAGGUAGACUCGAAGAUGGAAUAUGUCCGCUCGGUUCUCCGAGAGGCACUUGCUAAGUCGACCGAGAAUUUCCGUCUGGGCAAUGUGCAUAUGAUAAGCGCUCACCGAGGCUGGUGGACCAAAAAAGUCAAGGAGGAAAUCAAGAACCACGGCGGUGGUGUGUGGGUAGUGGGCAAGGCUAAUGUCGGGAAGAGUAGUUUCAUAGAGGCUUGCUUUCCCAAGGAUUCUAAGAACCUUGAGAAAAUUGCUGAACUGGUUGAGCGUCGCCAAGCAGAGUCGGAUAUCAGCCCACGCGACGCCACCGCGGUUGACUCUGACGGCCUUUUACCACCUGCCCCCCAGGAAGACCUUUAUCCUAUCCUGCCGGUUGUUUCGUCGCUGCCAGGAACUACCGUUUCGCCGAUUCGCAUACCCUUUGGCCGCGGCUGUGGUGAAAUGAUCGAUUUGCCUGGGAUGGAUCGGGGCGACCUAGCAGACUACGUCCGUGACGAACACAAACGAGACACGAUCAUGACUAAACGGAGAAAACCAGAACGGUAUACUAUAAAGUCAGGCCAAUCGCUGCUUUUAGGUGGAGGCCUUGUACGAAUCACGUCGGUGAACCCUGACGAUGUACUAAUGGCAGCCUGCUUUAUCCCGAUCGAGGCCCAUGUCACGAAGACUGAGAAGGCCGUUGAAAUGCAGGCUGAACAGCGUCCUUACCCAGGAGAGAAUAUCAUGAUAGAAGGUAUCGGCAGUCAAAUUACUUCCGCGGGAAUCUUUGACCUCAAAUGGGACGUGACCCAGUCGCACCUACCGACGACGAUCGCGAAGGCAGUGGAAGAUAAGGGUAUAAAACCCCCUCCCCUGCCAUACAAAGUGAUGUCGGCAGAUAUACUCAUUGAGGGAUGCGGUUGGGUCGAGCUCACGGCGCAGAUCCGUGCCAAAUCCACAGACGGCGAGUCCGCCAGGUCGUUACCGCAGGUUGAGAUAUUCACUCCGAACGGUCGACAUGUUGGGGUGCGGCGUCCCAUUGAAUGCUGGAAGUACGUUGCAGAGAAGCAGGCUGUGGAGAAACGUAAGAAAGGAGCACGAGGGCGACAAAGUAUCGGGCAGAAGAAGCGUGCCCAUCACUCAUCUAAAGUCUGA